UUCAACGUUCAACGUUCGACGUUGGCGUCUUCCAUGGCCUCCUCCAAAGGCCGUAAUUGGCCUAUCACAAAACGAAAGUCCAAGUUCUUACCUUCAAGCUCCCCAAUUCUUAAACUGGAAGCGAACCUUGUCAAUGAUUGGCGCUUCCGGAUCAUUCGGAGUUCUUUCCAGACAACAGGGACCGGGGGCACUUACACAUCCGUCGGGUCGCUCAACAUCCCGACCACUGGUAGCGAGCCACCCAGUGUGAUCGUGGCUCCGAGUCGACGUCCCAGGAAUCGCGUCAACACCCAAAAUGAUAUCUCUCCUUCGGGUCAACGGGCUUCAGUGCAAUUGCAAGGGUUGCGACAGCCCGCCCAACAUGCAAUAUGGGGAUCUCGAGUCAAUCAAAACGACGCAGAUCUGGCAAUCUACUCCGCAGACAAUGUUAUCUUUCGCAUUCACAGCAAGAAUCUGGAGGUGAACACAGGCGCUUUCCCUCCUUUUGGAUCGUUCCCAUCGGAUGAAGCUGUUCAUCUGUCUGAGAGCGGAACAACUCUUGAACUCCUCUUUCAGUUCAUAUAUCCUGAGCGCCACCCCACAUUAGAGCAGUUGGGCUUCGCAGAGCUUUCCCAACUGUCUGAGGCUGUCGAAAAGUAUGAGGUAUUUCCAGCGAUGUUUGUUUGUCAUUAUCGAAUGGGGAAAUUUUUAUCCACAAACCCUCUGGAGCUUAUGAUUUACGCAGGCCGCCACUUUUAUGAAGACUAUCUGGACGAUGCUGCGCCCCGUCUCAUGGGAGGUGACCUUAAAGACGCUACACGCCGAAUGCCGGAACCUGUGUACGAUGCUUGGUGUCGAUACUAUGAGCUGUGGGAGCAAGUUCAUCAAAAAGUUCUCAAUUUCAACAUCAUCGAUGAGCCACAGUGCUAUUGUUCCAAGGGACUGUCACGUCGUCUUCUUCGUGAAUUGGGAACAGGGCUGAAGGCAAUGAGUGAGCUUGACCGAGUGUUUGCGAUUGAUAGAGAAGGGUGCGGGCAAUGCGUCCUUGCUUGUGAUAUUUGGGAGGAAGAUGCAAAGGAUCUUGUGGCUAAAAUACCGCGAUUUUCCACGUUGUUCAAAUGGUGCCCUACCAUGAGGAUAGGCAUGAUGCAGGACAACGAGGUAUCUCACGCCGAGGCCUCAGUCGAUGGUUCAAUACAUCUAAGUGUCCUCGAGCUCACAACGAGAAACCAACACGAAAAGGACGAGGAAGGCCUGGCAUAG